AUGGUAAUCUUGUAUAAUUUCAGAGCGAAUGGUCUUGACAUUGGUGAUAAAAAGACACCGAGCUCGGAGAAUUCCGAUGACUCGGAGAUGGACGAUGAUGAGAUUCUGGAGAGUUCAAUGACUGAAUCGCCAACACCCGAAGAGGAGAGACCACGAGAUUUGACGGCCAAAAGGGAGCUGGUGCAACAUGUCGCUCCGGCUGGCUACAGUGCUUACGAAGGUGCCAUUCACUUCGAUCCGCUCCGAUUGCUAAUGAAUGCUCAGUUGAAUCCAGCACUGAAUCCAACUUUGAAUCCGUUGCUAAAUCAAGCCGCAUUUAUGAAUUUCCAACAGCAAAUCGCAAGGCAUCAACAG